UAAAAAUGAAUGCCAAUAACACGUGGUGUUCCCAAGCGGUUACUCAUUCAGCUACUAACAAAUGCCAGUGUUGCUCGACUUCGAUGAUCGAAUGUAAACCGGUAUUUAGUAGCCGACUUCCCACCGCUGGUGUCCAGGUUCGAUGCCAGGAAGGAUUAUGUGGAAUUUGUGGUGGCCAAAGUUACAAUGUGGCGUGUUUUCUGUUUCCUCUAUAAAUUUUUAUUCCACCAACUUCUCCACACUCCUUAAUCGUUCUAUCAUCGGAUGCGGUGCAAUGAAUGCUAGGAGGUACAGCAUGGACAGAAAAUAUGGCACCGACACUGCUACAAGGAUCACGGAGCUGGACCCUAAAUAGGCAACAGAGCUGGUCGCCCAGCAGAACUCGUAAGGGCGACACAAUGGAUGUCGAGUUCAAGGACCUGUGCUACACCGUCAGCCCUCGGCGAUGGAGUCGAAACGGUCUCCAAAAACGGGUUCUCAAGUCUGUUAGCGGAGUGUUCAAGUCUGGAGAGCUUUCCGCCAUUAUGGGGCCCUCCGGAGCUGGGAAAAGCAGCCUCCUGAACGCGGUUUCCGGUUACAGAACCCUGGGAGUGACGGGUACGCUUUGUACAAAUGGAAAGCCACGAGACAACCACAUCUUCCACAAACUCUCCUGCUACAUUACCCAAGAAGAUUUACUCCAGCCUCUCUUAACUGCUCACGAAAUCAUGAUGGUCGCAGCCCAACUGAAGCUGCCCAGUCAGAUCUCAGACGCCCGCAGGCUGAGCACGGUUGAAGAAAUCCUAAAAAAUCUGGGUCUCUUCGAAUGCAAAAACACAAGAACAGAAAUGCUAUCAGGAGGCCAGAAGAAACGAUUAUCGAUAGCGCUCGAGCUGAUCAACAACCCGCCAGUCUUCUUUUUGGACGAACCCACAAGCGGACUCGACGACGUGACUGCAAGACAGGUACUACAACUGCUGCGAACUCUGGCGAGGCAGGGCCGCACUAUAGUCUGCACGAUACACCAGCCCAGCGCGUCACUGUUCCAGCUGUUUGACCACGCGUACAUCGUGUCACAGGGUCUGUGUGUGUAUCAGGGCACGACCCACGAACUCGUCCCAUUCUUGUCGUCUGCAGGAUUCAGCUGCCCAACACAUUACAACCCGGCUGACUUCGUGAUUGAAGUAACGGACGGGGAGGAGAAGAACAUUGCUGUCUUGUCAAAAGCUAUUUGUAAUGGAAAAGUGAGCUGGACUCAAACGCAUUUAAUUCCACUUAAAACACAAGAAUAUGAAAAGAAAAAUGGAGGAACAACAAAGCAGACAGACAAACAGUCUCUUCAUUUCGAAACUACAAAUAUUGCUGCCCUCACAGCAAGUGAAAGAAAAGUAGACUCGUCUAGUGAAAGCAGUUUGUCCGACGUGCACUGCCCUGUCAUGUACCGACGGAUAAGCCAGGUGAAGAAUGUGAGCUAUCCAACAUCCACCUGGUUCCAGUUCUGGGCACUGUUCAAGAGAAUGAUGUUACAGACAAGUCGCAGCAGGGUGGCUCUUCAACUUCAAAUGUUCCAUCAUGUGGCGUGUGCACUCAUGAUUGGUAGCGUGACAUACCAGAAUGCAUCAGAUGGAAAUGAAAUGUUCAAACAUGUAAAGUUCUGCAUGAGUGUGAUACUAUUUCACUCGUACACAUGGUGCAUUGCACCAGUGCUGCUUUUUCCUAGUGAAGUGAAAUUAAUGAAGAAAGAACAUUUCAACCGUUGGUAUGGGCUGAAUUCAUUCUACAUGGCUCUGACACUCUCAAAGAUUCCUGUUCAGAUUCUCCUGAGCAUGAUCUUUCUCAUAAUAGUCUACUACAUGAAUGGACUGCCGGCUGAGUGGUAUCGAUUCUCGCUCUUCUCCCUUACCGCGAUCACCGUAUGCCUUGUGGCGGAAGGUCUAGGCCUUGCCAUAGGAUCUGUCUUCAACGUCACGAAUGGGUGUGUAGUUGGACCAUUGGUUGUGGCCCCCUUCCUUGGCUUGGCAGUGUACGGCUUUGAUUUUGCAGAAAAGAUCUCAUGGACAAUGAAUACUCUCAUGAAGACAAGUUUUAUGAGGUGUGGUGUAGUAGCACUAGUACUGACUACUUUCGGGUUCGAUCGGCCAGAUCUUGACUGCGACGACAUAUACUGUCACUUCAAGGAACCCAAAGUUGUACUGAGAAUGCUGGACAUAGACAGAUCAUCUUUCUGGGCUGAAAUAUUCAUUCUGUUUGGAAUAAUGAUUCUGUUCAGGUCUCUGUGCUAUAUUGGGUUACGAAUGCGAGUUGCAACAUAAGAUUUCAAGACCUCACACAACUGUGUAGAAUUCGCAGUUAAGAUAUAUAAACACAUUAGAAGUGUACUUGAUAAUUCUGAAGGUCUGUGAUGAAUGUGUGUUGUUAUACUGUCAUAUUUGUUGGACACUAUUCAUCAUCUCAUUUUAGUUACAGAAACAACAUUUUGGAAGCGGAAUCUCUUCCAUCAUCAGGUAAAGUAUGAAACGUAUUCUGUUGGGUCCACUAGAUGGGGCUGAUCUCUGUCCCUUGAUCAAAGAAUAUAGAUUAGUUCCAGCUAACAGACACAACAGGGUAGGUUUCAUAUUUUUACCUAAUGAUGAAAGUGAAGCCAUCUUCCAAAAACGUUUCUUUUUCAUUUAUUUUACAUUGACAUCUAGCAUACAUAACAUCAAAUGGGGAUAAGACAUGUGGCCAGAGACAUGACCACCUCUGUGUAUAUAUAUAGGAAUUAUGUCCACCGUCAACACAACAGAUGUACUCAGUUUUAAUAUUCGAUCUUUAUUC